AUGCCCUCUAGGACCCCACUGUUGGUUACAGCCUGUUUCUAUUAUUCUUACUCCAACUUAAGACACCUACAGCGGGGUGUGAGAAAAAGUAAAAAACCAGUAUUUUCACAUCCCUAGGUACCAGAAACAAGAAGACUGCAGCAUUCCAGCUACCUGAGUGGGUCCAGGUCUGGCAUCUGCCCAUGUUGCCUUUCAGACUGGCUGCUUGCCACGAUGAGGGAUCUUCUUCAGUACACUGCCUGCUUCUUUGCCUUUUUCUCCACUGGAUUUUUGAUUGUGGCCACCUGGACAGACUGUUGGAUGGUGAAUGCUGAUGACUCCCUGGAGGUGAGCACAAAAUGCCGUGGCCUCUGGUGGGAGUGUGUCACAAAUGCCUUUGAUGGGAUUCGCACCUGUGAUGAGUAUGAUUCCAUCCUUGCGGAACAUCCCUUGAAGCUGGUGGUAACUCGAGCAUUGAUGAUUACUGCAGAUAUUCUAGCUGGGUUUGGAUUGAUCACCCUGCUCCUUGGUCUUGAUUGCGUGAAAUUCCUCCCCGAUGAGCCGUACAUUAAAGUUCGCAUCUGCUUUGUUGCUGGAACCACAUUACUAAUAGCAGGUGCCCCAGGAAUUGUUGGCUCUGUGUGGUAUGCUGUUGAUGUUUAUAUGGAGCGUUCUUCUCUGGUUUUGCACAAUAUAUUUCUUGGCAUCCAAUAUAAAUUUGGUUGGUCCUGUUGGCUUGGAAUGGCUGGGUCUCUCGGUUGCUUUUUGGCUGGCGCUGUCCUCACCUGCUGCUUAUACCUCUUUAAAGAUGUUGGACCUGAAAGAAACUAUCCUUAUUCCAUGAGGAAGGUCUACUCAGCUGCAGGUGUUUCCAUGACUAAGUCAUAUGUGACCCCUCGAACAGAGACUGCCAAAAUGUAUGCUGUAGACACAAGGGUGUAA